ACAUCAUUCACCGAUUGAAAUCUCACUUCAGAAACAAAGAAAGCUCACACAUUCAACCGGUGGCAGUUCAUAUCCAACCAUAAUGGAGAAGACUUAUUUCAAGUUGUCCUUCUAUCUCGUGAUUUUGUUGCUUGUAGUUUUUGGUGGAAACAAGAAUCAAAUGGGAGCAGAAGGUAGAUACGUAAGCAAACCGUGUGAAACUCAAGAUGAUUGUGCUUCGUGGGGCCCGAAAUGUCAUUGUGACUUGGGGCUUUAUUUGUGUCUCUGCAAUGUACCACCGAGUGGACCUCAUCUAGAUUCUAUAUUCCAAGGAAAUUGAAGAAUGAUUGAAACUAGAAAGAAAUAUAUCUAUUACCUUCCCGAUCUAUGACAAAAAAAAAAUAGAAAGAAAUAUAUCAUAUGAAUAAAGCAGUUGAGAGGAAGAAUGAAUGUUUAGAAUGCAA